AUACGACCGCCGAAAAUGACUCUCGGUCUCCAUGCGUCUCGACUGGUCUCGGGUGGAUCCGACUGCGAUAAUCCACAGCUCCGACGAGCCAUGGAAUCCUAGCUACCGCGAGGAAAUGAGCUUCUAUCUGCCCUUCUCCUCUCCUCCUUUUCUCUCCUGCAAAGUACGUACGAGAACUCCGACGGUCUUCUCGCCAUGCAAUCACUAUCAUGCCUGCAGAUUCCGGUGGAAGAGGAGUUUCAUCUGUGCUUUGGAAGGGAAACUCGAGGCCUCCUGGAUCCAGUUGGAUGGGAACUCGGAUGAAGACGGCUGUGGAGGAUGGUCCGUCCGGGGAUUCGAUGCGUCAAAUAGAACUGGGUUAUCGAGAGUUAUUCUUGCUGGGAUUGGGACAUCGGCGCUGACAAUCUUGUUGGCUGCCUUGGCGUAUCGUUCUUGUUUGAGAAAAGGCUUUAGAGUCAAAUUCGGUGCUCCAUUAGGCAUAUUUCAUAAUCCUUUGGUGCCUUCUGCGAUUUCAGAAGGACCUGCCAACAUUACAGAAUCAGUUACACCAAUUAUUGAUGUAGAUCCAGUUGAAAGUAUAGAAUACAAAUAUGGUCUUUUGAAGCAUGAGAACAAAGUACCUGAAAAUAAACGCAUUGUUGUCCCUGUUCCUGCUGAUCCAACUCAACUGGAAGCUUUACAUGUCCUUAAAAUGUUAAAGAUCAUUGACUAUGAUGCCAGCGCUGAUGAUUUAUGCACCAGAAGGGAGUAUGCAAGGUGGCUAGUUAAAGCAAACUGCGUGCUUGAAAGGAAAACCAAACAUAGGAUAGUUCCAACCUAUUUGAUUGCUGGUUCAGUUUCCCCAGCAUUUGAUGAUGUCAACGUCAAUGACUCAGAUUUUUGGUGCAUUCAAGCGCUUGGAGAAGCUGGCAUUGUUUCUAGCAGACUUUCUUCAUCGAACUCCUCAAGUUUGUCUGAUAUUGAGAAGUCAAAUGAGGAAGAAAGAUUUUACUUUUUCCCCAACAACUUCAUAUCACGCUUAGAUCUGGUAAAUUGGAGAGCUCUACUAGAAUAUUCAAUCUCUUCUGACUUGAAGGAGAAGAUAUCAAGGACCAAGCCACCUUUGUCGGAUUUGAGUGCUCGUAACCUGGAACCGCAACUGGUGAUGGACUUACUAUCUGGUGAUGGGAGCAUAGUUACAAGAACCUUUGGUAAUAUUAGACGCCUGCAACCCGACAAACCUGUCACAAAGGCACAAGCAGCUGUUGCACUAACUGGUGGUAGAAUGGCUGAUGCAAUUCGUGCCGAACUUUCUAGACUGGAAGCAGAAGAGCUAUCAAGAUUAGCUGAAAUGGAAGAAAUCAGACUUGAGUUGAUUCACAGUGGGGUGAUAAAAAAACACUGGGAAGAGAAACUGAGUGAAGAAAAAAAACUUGGUCUUCAGGUUGAAAGGGAUCUAGAAAGUUCCUUGUUUGAAUUGGAGAUUGAGAAAACAGCUGAAGAUGAAAGACUGGACGAUUACAUGAAAGAGAAAACAGCUUUAGAAUGCCAGCGACAAUUGCUAUGCAGUCUCAAGAAAGAAGUUGAUGAAAUGAACCAGAAGCUUGAAAAUGAAAGAGUGAGUUUUAUGGCUGAGAAGCAGAAUCUGGAGAGCCAGCUGAAUGAUUUACAUGAAGGGAAAGAUGCUGUCUUUGAAGCCAGAUCAGCAUUGGAAGCUGAGAAAGAGGCCAUUCAAAUGCUCAGGACCUGGGUGGAAGAAGAAGCCUGGCAUAUCAGAUCUAGAGCCAGUGUUCUUGAGCAGGCAAUUCAGAGAUGGAAAGUAACCGACACAGCCUUGUCUGAUCAGUAACAGAUGCCCUGCUCUUCAAAGAUGUACCUGUAAGUGAAUCAGUACCUGUAAAUCAUAUCAGUGCAGCUUAAGUAACUCUUACUGAUGAUUUGUGAAGAAGAUAAGCCUUUCUUUAAUAACUGCUGUAAAAACCUUCUGGUUUUAGUAGAAAUUUUUAUCAGGCGUGCAUGAAAAUGAA